AUGGAGUUGGAUAUUAAUGUUGGUAGGACAACAGUGAGAAGAACUAGGACUAGAGUGUUACAAGAGAUCAUGGGUGAUCACAUUGUGGAGUAUGGUAGGAUUUUUAAUUAUAGAGAUGAAGUAUUAAGGAGUAAUCCAGGUAGUACUUGUGUAGUUAAGGUUGGAGAAGAUUCUGAAACUGGGCAGAAAUUUUUUGAAGGAUUUUAUGUUUGCUUCAAUGCUUUAAAGAAAGCAUUUUUUGGAGGUGCUAGAAGGUUGAUUGGUUUUGAUGGGUGUUUUCUCAAAGGUGUGUGUAAAGGCCAGUUGUUAGUGGCAGUUUGUAGAGAUGGAAACAACCAAAUGCUCCCUAUUGCUUGGGCAGUUGUUGAGGUUGAGAAUCAGUAUACCUGGACAUGGUUUCUUGAACUAGUGAAGAAUGAUCUUGAACUUGGAGAAGGGCAUCAACUAUCCAUCGGUAGUGAUAUGCAAAAGGGACUAGAAAUUGCUGUGGAUACUUUAUUGCCACUUGUUGAACAUAGAAAAUGUGCAAGACAUGUUCUUGCAAAUUGGUCAAAAAAUUGGAAAGGAGUUGAAAGAAAAAGAGUGUUUUUGAGGAUUGCUAAAUCCAAAUUUGAAGCUGAGAUGAAGGACAAUAUAGAGAUAAUGAGGAAAUUAGGUCACGCUGGUUUAGAUAAUUUUUUAUGGUACAAUUUGAAUACAUGGUGCAAGAAAUAUUUUGAAGAAUAUAGAAAAUGUGAUGUUGUGGACAACAAUAUGGCAGAAAGCUUUAAUGCUUGGACAGUGUCUGCAAGGUAUAAAACCAUCCUUACAAUGCUUGAGAAGAUAAGGGUGAAGAUGAUGAAAAGAAUUGGUGAUUUGCGAGAGUUUUCAAACACUUGGAUCACUGAUAUAUCUCCUAUGUCUUUGAAGAUUUUGCAAGAAAACAUUCAAAAGUCUAUGCAAUAUAACUUGACUUGGAAUGGACAAAGAGGUUUUGAGAUUAAACACAAUGGGUGGCAGUUUAGGGGAAUUCCUUGUCCUCACGGUGUUGCUGCCCUUCAUUACAAAAACUUGGAACCAAUCCAUUAUGUAGCUAGCUGUUAUAGCAAGGAAACCUACCUCAGCACAUAUGACCAUUUUAUUCAGCCAAUGAAUAACAUGAAAAUGUGGUCAGCCUCAAAUAAUCCAAUUGUAAAGCCACCAAAGAUCAGAAAGUUGCCUAGAAGACCAGUUAUGGUUAGAAGAAAUGAAGCAGAUGAAAGUAGAAAAACUGGAAAUUUGAGCAAAAGAGGUGCUAUAAUGACUUGUAGCAAAUGUGGCACACAAGGACACAAUAAAAGAGGAUGUCCUACAAGAAACCAAGCUGAUCCAAGUCAAUCAACUGAACCAGUUUCUCAGUCUACUGAAAGUGGUAGAGGAAAAGGCACAGGAAGAGCAACAAGAGGAAGAGCAAGUGGCAGAGGUGUUCCAGCUCAAUCACAUGAAAAUGUUACAAACAAAGAGCAACCUGGAUUGCCAAGUAGAAGAGUCAUCAAUACUGGUACAAAAAAUACAAAGAGGGCUGAUGUUGUCACAGGUGAUAUUGGCUACACACCAGUACGUGGAUUCAAAUGGAAGGGGAAGACAACUGUUACAAGUAUCAACCCGGAAAGAAUGAGGGCUGAAAAGGUUAUCCAAACUAGGUCUGUAGCUACUGCUAAUGCCUGCUAA